AUUUGAUGACUUGUAAUAAAAUAUUUCACACGUUACUUGGUAUUGCUUAUUUUCCACGAUAAGUCAUAUAGUUGCAUUGUUUAUAGAAACAGACAAUAAACCACAACAUGGUUAUUUUAUCAGAACUGAAAUUUACUAUAUGUGCAUUUUAUUUCUGUAUGAGAGAACAUGUUUACGUCUUUGAGGUGGCUAGUAAACCGGGGAAUAUAACGCUCACCAAAUGCAAAUGCUGAGAAGAUGAAGUGAUGCAGACAUGUUUGCAGGCCUAGUUUUUGCAGCAUGCAUGUACAGCUGUUCCUGGUACUGAAAGAGGAUGUACCUUUUCUGGGGUACUCGGUUGCAUGCGUUUGAAACCACAGCGCAAUCAGAUUUUACUCAACCAACGACGCAAAAACAGGAAGUGACUGUCAGACAAAGAAGCAAGCACUUGAUUGAGCACAAAUUUGGAAUUAAGAAUCACAUGAAAUUCAUCAAAUGAAACUACAAGUUACAGUUUACAACAACAAAGAUGGAGCAAAACAUUGCGGAUUUGCUUAAGGAUACAUUUUUAGAAAUUGAUUUUGAGCAUCUACAGUCAGACGAGGACACACUUCACACUUCACAAACAGUGCUAGUUAUGGAUGCGGAAAUAGAAGAUGCUAGUAAACUCAGGACUUCAGAACAAGGCUCAGUUGAGACUAUCACUGCUGUUUAUGAACCAGAAGAAAAUGAUUCCAGCUCUGAUAACUGUGAGAGUGAGUCAGGUAUUUCAUUGUCUAUCAACACAGAGUCUACAUUUUAUUUCUCUCGUGAUGAAAUAAACAAUCAGGUUGUAAACACGAUGAUGGCAGAAGCGAAACACUUAAACGAUGCUGUUGGCGAGUGUACUGCAGAGGAAGGAGACAUGCCAAGUUACUUAGAAGCAGAUGUUUUUGAAAAGGAUCGCACAGAGGAGGAACAUAUUGAAACGUUGGAUGUAGAAUAUGAGCCACAGACAUCACCUCCGAUGUCCAGAGAGUGUCAAACACCCGAAGAGACGUCAUCAGAAGAGAGUGAACAAAACUCUGAUAACUGUGAGAGUGAGUCAGGUAUUUCAUUGUCUAUCAACACAGAGUCUACAUUUUGUUUCUCUCAUGAUGAAAUAGACAAUCAGGUUGUAAAUAUGACGAUUGCAGAAGCACAUCAACUAAACGAUGCUGUUGGCGAGUGUACUGCAGAGGAAGGAAACAUGGCAAGUGACUUAGAAGCAGGUGUUUCUGAAAAGGAUCGCACAGAGGAGGAACAUAUUGAAACGUUGGAUGUAGAAUAUGAGCCACAGGCAUCACCUCCGAUGUCCAGAGAGUGUCAAACACCCGAAGAGACGUCAUCAGAAGAGAGUGAACAAAACUCUGAUAACUGUGAGAGUGAGUCAGGUAUUUCAUUGUCUAUCAACACAGAGUCUACAUUUUGUUUCUCUCAUGAUGAAAUAGACAAUCAGGUUGUAAAUAUGACGAUUGCAGAAGCACAUCAACUAAACGAUGCUGUUGGCGAGUGUACUGCAGAGGAAGGAAACAUGGCAAGUGACUUAGAAGCAGGUGUUUCUGAAAAGGAUCGCACAGAGGAGGAACAUAUUGAAACGUUGGAUGUAGAAUAUGAGCCACAGGCGUCACCUCCGAUGUCCAGAGAGUGUCAAACACCCGAAGAGACGUCAUCAGAAGAAAAUGAAUCCAACUCUGAUAACUGUGAGGGUGAGGCAAGUAAUUCAUUGUAUUUCAACACAGACUCUAUAUUUUGUCUCUCUCAUGAUGAAAUAAACAAUCAGGUUGUAAAAGGGAUGAUGGCAGAAGCACAACAACUAAACGAUGCAGCUGGCGAGUGUACUGCAGAGGAAGGAAACAUGCUAAGAUGCUUAGAAGCAGGUGUUUCUGAAAAGGAUCGCACAGAGGAGGAACAUAUUGAAUCACUGAAUGUAGAAUAUGAGCCACAAGUGUCACCUCUGAUGUCCAAAGGGUGUCAAACACCCGAAGAGACGUCAUCAGAAUCAGAUGAAGAAUUACCAGAAAACUACAACACACCACAAUCUUCUCUGUGUAAAUCUGUUGAUAUCAAGGAGGAACCAUUUCUUGCAACGAGUUCAAAAAAUGCUGACAAAUACUAUGUCAGAGAUGAUAUGAAAGAGUUUACAGAGGAAGACCAAGAACAGAUCGAGGAAAGCCUUGCAGAUUAUCCAUCAGAUUUAUCACACAGUGAAAGUGAAGAACCUUCACUUGAACCCCUGUUCAAUGCAGAAAAUGUGAACUUACAAAACCAAGAAAGUCCUGACUUGGAUUAUAAUUCUGGGAUUAAAGGCCUGGAGGUUGAGCUGAUUUCUGCAUCUGUAGAUGUAGAUCUGUCUAUCCAGAGAGAAGAUGAAGAUGGUGUCCAAGGAUCUUUUAUAAAUGAUAUAAACACAGAGGAAGAUAUAACGAAUAAGGAGGAUCCGGUAGAUCUAAGUGAUGUUAGUGAUCAAACAGACAACAUCAGUGAUAGUAGUAGUGAUGAUCGCAGCUCCAGCCAAGAAGAAACUAAUAUUAUCUCAUCAGUAAACCAGGAAGAGGAAAUGAAUCAUGUUUCACAGUAUAACUACUUAACAGUGGACAUGCUGAGGGUGGAUAACGAUAUUGGUUACAUGUAUAAAGAUACAGGGGUCUUGGAUGCCAUCAGUCCUGAGAAAAAGGACGAGGAACAUUCAUUGUUCUGGGAACGCGGCUUCACAAACACAAGCUCUAUUUCAUAUUAUAAGGAAUCCAAUACAGAGUUACACCAUAGCACCGAACUGGUCCAAUCAGACACAGCCCUAAAAGACCAUGAAGUAUCAUCUUCAGAAACUUCAGAUAAUGUAGAGGAUACCAAAAAUGCAUUAACUGAGGUUUUGUGGUCCUCAUCUCUGCUCAUGGAUGAUGACAUCCUGCACAUGGAAGAAUAUGACUGGGACUUGACUGGUGAAGGUGAAGAUUUAGUUCCAAUCAAUUCAGGUGAAGGAGAAAAGCAAGAGAAUGAGGAAGAAGCCCUGGAGGAGUUAGACAUUGAUGACAAUGAGGAAGGGAACGAGAGGGACUGGGAGCUGGAGAAAACGAGAAUUGAGGCGUUUUAUCAGUUUUAUGGAGAUCAGGCUGAACCAGAGGAUGAAGUGGGCAGGAACCACAAGGUUACCUUUUGUUUGGAUCAGGAAUCUUCAUCAUCAGAACGUGAAGAGGAUUCUGAGAGUUCUGAAGAGGAAGUGGACUCAGAUCUCCACAUGCCAGAAUUCAGCACAUUGAAACCAGAGUAUAUCAGUGAGUCAGAUGAUGACCCCCUGGAGAACCCUUACUACCUUGAGAGGCCAAAGCUGCAACCAAAGGAACAGCAACCUGUGAAUGUUCCAGUGAAGCAACCUCCUCGGAGGAACAAGUGUCUUGCUGUGCUGAAAUCCAUCUUAGCGUUUGGCUUUCUGACGGCAAUAGGCAUCGUAUCGUUCUGGUGGGCAACAGAAAAUAUGGACUGGAUUCACUGAAUUCACACCUUAUUGUUCCUGGUUGAGAAAACACAACAAGAAUGAGUAUUUUACUUAAACGGGUGUCUUACCUUUUUGGUGCAGGUAUAAAUGUAGAAUGGGAUGUUUUCUGAAUAUUAUUAGCAGUUUAGUAAUGUUUGUAAAAUAGGCAGCAGGCAAAAUUCAAUGUACUUUAGACCAACUUUAUUUCUGGUAACAUUGCAGCCUCCCGACAUGCUCUACAAAAACCUUUUUAAAUGCUAUAAAAGGAUUGUUUUUUUUCUCCAUAACAUAACAGCUCUUGGACAAUUUUAGUGCCAUUUGGGCAUUAAGGGAAAGAUUCUAGUUGAAUACAAGAAAGUUUUCAGCAUUUUUUCUCUACUGGCAUAGAAUCCUGAAUUACCAUUAUCAGUGAUGUCAAACUCCUCUAAACAUGCCAUGCAGUUAGUGUAAUCACUUAUACUGGGACUGAAAUACUUUGAGGGGUCUUUAAUAAAACAGAGUGUAUGAUUACUAGGAAACUAGGUUACUAGGUGCCAUUCCUAGGAAACCAAAAUUCAUUGCAUGUGGAUUGAAACUGUAAUACUUUUCAUAAUGAUUUACUGCAAAUUCACAUUCACAAUUUAAUCUCCUUCAGUCUGAAAACUUUGUUUCUUUCUUAAAAGAUUUGCAUGUACGAAUACGCUAAUAAUAAUAAUGCUUUUACUUACAGAAUGUGGAAUGUUGGUAUAUAUAUAUCACAAGCUGCCAAUCAAAUGUCUAAGCCUAUUAACCACUAUUUCUCACAGUCUUUUUUUUUUAACAAUAAAUAUAAUAAGCUUACUUGUAUGAUGAUUAAACUUUGAUGAGAUAUUACCCAAAUUGGAAUUUCGAUACAGAUUGGCAUGUUGAUGCUUAUAAGAUAUUCAGGAUAAUGAUAAUAAUAAACAUUUAAUUGAAUGUAAAAUGUAAACAUUUUUGCCUGUAAAAACUCCUGUAAAUGUAUUAAUAAAAAUAAAGUACAUGCUAGGUUUAUAAAUAUACUGCAGAUGGAAGUAAAAAUGUGUAAAUGUAAAUCGUGCUCAGAAGUGCUCUCUCUGUAUCUUUGGUUGGGGUAAUCUUUUUAAAAAAGUGACAGUUUCCAUUAAAUGUGUCAC